ACAAGCAUUCUUCUCCACUAGAGAAACAGCAACCCAUAUACUUGAGAAAGAUAACAGGGAACUGGUAAAGAACAGCAACAAUACUCAGAGAGAUUGAGAGAUGAUCCAUCAUUAAAACUGAUUGAUCAGUUCUUAAAUCUACAGAGAGCUUCUGGUGAAGUUUCAUUAGAUAUGGAUUUGGAGAUGGAUGAACUUGUUAAUGAGCAUAAAAACAACUCAAGUUUACCACCACUACCACCAAAAAGUAAUUUUCCUGCAUUAAUCAAAACAGCUCCACAAAUCAUUCCUCCGCAGCCUGUUAGAAGAAGAAGUAGUAAAGGAAUGUCUAUUGAUCAUGAAAAUUACCAACAGCAAUCAAUAAAAUUUACAGCCACCACAGCAAAUUAGAAAUCAGAAUAGUGAGUCUCCUCAAUUUGGAGGAGGAGGAGGAGGUACAGAUGAAUUUGUAAGACGUGCUUCAAAUGAUUCUUUUAAGAGGACUUCAAAUGAUUCAUUUAAGAGGAACUCAAAUGAUUCAUCUAAGAAGAACUCAACUACUUUUUUGAGGUCUAAGACAGUGAAAUCAAGAUUAAUGGAUCCACCAGCGGAUAUAAUGAAAUCAGGGAGAGUAACAGCAAAAUCAGUGCAACUAAGAUCUGGGUUUAUAGCAGGAGGCCGUAAAUCGUCAGCAAAUGAUGAAGAUAGUGAUGAAGAUUCUUUUGCUGAAAAAUAUGAAGAUAUACCAGAUGAGUACAAGAAAUCCUCAAAGUCUUUUACUACUUUGGUUAUUUUCCAGUGGGUUGUUCUAAUAUUAAUAUUGAGUGCAUUUGUGUGUUCACUUACUAUUCAACCACUUAGGAAGAUGACACCAUGGGCACUUCAUUUAUGGAAAUGGGAGUUAAUACUACUUGUUUUGAUCUGUGGGAGAUUACUUUCUGGUUGGGGAAUCAGAAUCGUUGUUUUCUUUGUUGAGAGAAAUUUCAUUUUGAGGAAAAGGGUUUUGUAUUUUGUUUAUGGGUUAAGAAAAGCAGUUCAGAAUUGUCUAUGGUUAGGCAUGGUUUUAAUAGCCUGGAGUUACUUGUUAGAUAAAAAAGUUGCUAAAGAAGUAAUUAAGGAUAGAACCCGAAUACCGUUUUACGUAACCAAGUGUUUGAUCCUUUUGUUAGUGGGUACAUUGUUAUGGCUGGUGAAGACUCUUAUCGUUAAGGUUUUGGCUUCAUCUUUUCAUGUAACCACUUACUUUGAUCGGAUUCAAGAUUCUUUGUUUACCCAGUAUGUGAUUGAGACAUUAUCCGGUCCGCCGGUGAUUGAGAUUCAUCGGAACCAGGAAGAAGAGGAACAAGUCAAGGUUGAAGUUGAGAAUCUUCAGAUGGCAGGGUGUACUAUGCCAGCUGAUCUUAGGGAAACAGCUUUGCGGACGACACCAAUAAUUAUGAAGAAGAGUGGGAGGAUAAUUCAAAAUACUAGUCCUAACGUUAAAAGUGGUAAACCUGCUUCAGGCCAAAAUACUACGAGUAAGAAAUUAGAGGAGGGUAUUACCAUUGAUGAAUUGCACAAACUGAAUCAGAAAAAUAUAUCAGCUUGGAAAAUGAAGAGGUUGAUGAAUAUAAUUCGUCAUGGUGUAAUAACUACAGUCGAUGAGCACAUAGAUGGGGACUCGUGUAAUGAAGGCGAGUCAGCAACGACAAUCAGAAGCGAAUCGGAAGCCAAGUCUGCAGCAACUAAGAUAUUCAACAAUGUGGCUAAGCCCUAUUCCAAAUUUAUCCACCUCGAGAAUAUAAUGCGUUUCAUGAAGGACGAGGAAGCCGAAAAGACUAUGAGUCAAUUUGAAGGAGCAAUUGAAACAGAUAAAAUCAGUAAGAAAUCGAUGAAAAAUUGGGUGGUUAAUGCUUUCAGAGAGAGAAGAGCCCUUGCCUUGACUUUGGACGACACAAAAACCGCCGUAAAAACACUCCAAACUAUGGUGAAUGUUGUCGUGGGCAUCCUUAUAGUGAUCAUCGGGCUUCUCAUACCUUAGAUAGCAACCACUAAGUUCCUUGUCCUUAUCAGUUCUCAACUUCUUUUGGUGGCAUUCAUGUUUGACAAUACCUGCAAGAUGGUAUUUGAAGCUAUCAUCUUCUUAUUCGUGAUGCACCCUUUCGAUGUUGGUGAUAGGUGUGAAGUUGAAGAUGUUCAAGUUAGAAUAUUGAUUUGGUGAAUAUCUUCCACAGAACUUAUGGAGAUAUUAGAGUCUUAUUUAUACUAAACUUGUUACAGAAUUUGUUACAGAAUAUUUCAAAAUACUGUUAAAAAUAGGUGAAUAGUUGGAAAUGUAAGAGAAAGGAACAAACACAAUGAACAGAAUUAUUUAAAAUGGUGAAUGGAUAUAUCAGGUGUACAACUGUGA